AUGAGCGUCUUCGAGUUUGCCAAAUCCACCAUAUCCAGAGCCAUCGGCUCUGCCGCCGGCCCCGCCCUGCCCUUUUCCAUCGGAGAGCCGAUCUCGUCGAGCCCCUCGAGUCUCUGGGCCAUCCACCGUGGCACGAAAAAGGACGACAAUACCCCCGUAUCUGUCUUUGUCUUUGACUGUGCGCGAUUCAAAGACAAGGUUGCCAUCGCCCGCAACUGUCUCAAGCGAUUCAAGACCAUUCGCCAUCCCGACAUUCUCAAGUUUAUCGAUGGCGUUGAAACCGACAGCCAGAUUAUAAUCGGCACCGAAGCCGUCGAGCCUCUGAGCUCGCAGCUUGCCGAAUCCUCCAACGAGAACAUGACCGCGUGGGGACUGUUCAAGAUUGGACGCGCCAUCAAGUUCCUGAACACCGAUUGCUCAAUAAUCCAUGCCAAUGUCCGUAUCGAUUCGAUCUUUGUGACCAAGGCCGGCGAAUGGAAACUCGGUGGGCUGGAGUUACUGUGCUCGUUGAAAGAAGAGCGGCCAUUUGUGGUAGACUAUGGCAACAGCCUGCCGGACUCUUCAAAGUACAUUCCCCCCGAGUUCCGCAACGGAAGUUGGUCGAUGGUCAAGAGCAUUCCUGUGUGGGCGAUUGAUUCCUGGCAGUACGGCUGUUUGCUCUACGAAAUCUUCAACCAGCCGUUCUCGCGCCCAGAGGAGCUCGCAAAGAAGGGCGCGAUUCCCCAGUCGCUUGCCUUGGCAUACAAAGGACUGCUCAACAGCGACCCCAGAUCGCGCAUGGAUAUCGAAACUGUGCUGGAGCGUGGCGACCGCCAGGGUGGAUACUUUGACAAUGACUUUGUCAAAGUCAGUAUCUUCCUCGAGCAAAUCGCCAUGAAGGACGCUCAUGAAAAGGAUCAGUUUCUGAGGAAAAUCGACGCCUCCAUCGACACUUUCCCCACAGACUUUUGCAAGUACAAGAUACUGCCAGAGUUGAUCAAUGCCCUGGAAUUCGGCGGGGCAGGUGCCAAGGCCCUGACGCCCAUCCUGAAGAUUGGGUCUAAGAUGACGCACGAAGAGUUCGACUCGCUGAUCACGCCGAUUAUCGUGCGGCUCUUUUCCUCCAACGACCGGUCGAUCCGCUCGAGCCUGUGCGAGAACCUCGGCCACUUUGUCGAGCACCUGAGCACUAAAGUUGUCAACGACAAGAUUUUUCCAAACCUGGCGACUGGAUUUGGCGACACUAGCGCGCUUAUACGAGAGCUGACACUCAAGUCCAUUCUGCUGAUCAUUGGCAAACUGAGCGAACGUGUCAUCAACAACGACCUCCUACGCUAUCUGGCCAAACUCCAGACGGACGAAGAACCCGGCAUUCGAACGGUAGGCCUGUGCACGAACACCACCAUUUGUCUUGGCAAGAUCAGCAAGCAUCUGAGCGACUCUACUCGCAAGAAAAUUCUGAUUCCGGCAUUCACACGAUCGCUGCACGAUCCCUUCCCGCCAUCCCGAAACGCGGGCCUCCUUGCCCUGGCCGCCACCCAAGACUAUUACGACGCCACCGAUAUUGCACUGAAGGUCUUGCCUCAUAUGUCCCCGCUGCUUGUCGACAAUGAACGAAAUAUCCGCGAGCAGGCAUUCAAGGCCUUUGACGUCUUCAUCAAGAAACUAGAGGCCCACUCCAAGUCCAUGCCAGAGCCACAGGCCCCCGCGGUCUCCCCUGCUGCCCAAGUCCCUUCUGCCACAGCCCCUGCCGCCACAAGCAACCCAGCCCAAGCUGGCCCUGCAUCGAGCCCCGCAGACUCGUGGUCGUCGUGGUCGGCAGUGUCAGUCCUAUCGAGCAAGCUCACCAACACCAUCAUCGGCUCUGCUGGCGCCCCAGCGACACCCACACCGGGAUCAGGCAUCGGCGCUCCUCCAAGCGCUGGACCAGCAGGCCAGGCUCGCCCCGUCGCUCUCGAUCGAGCUGCCAGUGCCUCGCCGCAGAUCCGCACAAACCCCCCGACCCAGUACGGCGCAAAUAACGCCUCGGCCAGCAGGCCCGCUGCAAGCAACGGUCAAAGCUCCAGCAGCAAACCGACGGCCGGCGAUGGCUGGAACGACGACGACACCGGUGGAUGGGAUGUCGAUGAGGAAGCGGACUAUGACGAUGGAUGGGGUGGGUGCCAAUCGUCUUGCGAGUGGACUCGUUGGUAUCUGAUGGUGCUUUCGACGUCGGUGGCGGCUGGGGCCGCCUGA